GCAAGUGGUGACCUUACUUGGUUUAUAAAUAAACAUUUUAGUUAUUUCAUUGAUUUAUACAUUACGUGCAUAACUUGUUAUGCUUAUUACCAAGAUGAUUAUCAUUUGGACGAGAUAUUAUAAUAUCAUAGAUAUGGUGUACACAUUUUUAAUUUGAGCCUUAUCAGUGGUGGCGUCUAAAUUUUUUGUUGUUCAAGUUAACAAAAUAAACCAUGGCUUCACACGAGACAGUCAAAGUUGCCGUAGUUGUCGAUCCCGUGCCUAAUAUAGUGCCAUGUUCAAAUACUCUAACAGCUGAGGAACUUUGUAUACUAUUGUGCAAGAAAUAUGGAAUACCUCCAUUAACUCGUACCCUAUUUGCAUUACGGAUUAAAGGCACGGACUAUUUCCUCAAAGAUAACAGCAAAGUUCUCUCCGGUUCAAGAGAUUACGAACUUAGAAUUAGGUUCAAGGUUCCCCAACUGAGCCUUCUGAUAACUAUUGAUAUGACAACAUAUGAUUAUUAUUUCCAACAAGCAAGAAAUGAUGUUAAUGAGAAUAAAAUACCAGAGAUUAAAUAUCCUGAACAUAAACGGGAACUUCUUGGACUAGGUAUAGCAGAUAUGAUGCGGGUCAUAUUAGAAGACAACCUACAAUUAAACGAAGUUGUUAGAAAUUAUAAGAAGUACAUACCUAAAGUUGUUGUAAAGAGUCAUGGGCCAUUCCUAAAGAAGCAUGCAUAUGAUUGCUUACCGAAGUUGUGCUCUGCUGGUCAUAGUGUGAACUAUGUGAAAAAUUUAUAUCUACAACAGUUAUAUGGACUAGCACCAAACUAUUUAGCAGAGGAAUAUAAAGAUGUAGUAUGGCAAAAUGGAGCAGAAAGCACACCUGUAAAAGUUGUGGUUGCCCCAUUUCAUCCACAUCAACCUGGAAUUCGGAUCUACAAUACACUGAAGCGAGAUUGGUUCCACGCAUGCGCGAUUGAAGAGUUGAUAUAUCUGACGAGAAAUGGUGACUAUAGCUUGGAAGUGUCUCGACGAGGAACACCACUUUUCCUUAAGUUCAAGUCUGAAGAACAAUUAUCUUCGUUUAUAUCGAUCUGUGAUGGGUACUAUAGGUUAAUGGUGAAAUGGACUUUUAAUCUCUCAAAAGAUGACGAAACACCAUCUCUGAAGGAGUUGCAUAGGAUAAAGUGCCAUGGACCUGUUGGAGGUGCAUUUUCGUAUCGGAAAUUAGAGGAGAAGCGAAGUAAGAAAUACGGUUGUUUUAUACUUCGACAAUGUCAGGAUGACUACAAUAUAUAUUAUCUGGAUGUCUGUACAAAAAAUAGCACAACAGAAACAUAUUUGCUUGACUUCAAAGGCGACGGCUACGUGUUUAAUCAGGAAAAAUAUUUUAGUAUCGAAAGGCUGAUCAGUUGCCAUCAGAACCCUGAAGGAAGGAUAUUUCUCAACGAAUGUAUACCACCUUCGGAAUAUGAUAAGUCACAAUUACUGCUGUGUGGAGAGCCUGUUAAGAAAGGAGUGAGGAUCGAUCAAGCCGAGUUACAAGAUAUUCUAAAGGAUAACAAAAGUCCUAGAUGCUUGCCAAACAAGGAUAUUUUAUUAUAUACAGGAUCCGAGAAAGUUGGCUCCGAAAAUAUAACCGCUACAUACAAAGCUCUCUGGAGACUCGACGAAACGAAAAAACUACAAGUCGCCUUCAAAACAUUGCAAAGAGAUAGAGCCAAUGAUUAUUUGAAGGAUUUUGUCGAGUUGGCAAGUAAAUGGGCGUGUGUACAGUCGAGCUCAAUAGUUCGAUUGUACGGUGUCACCUUGAGCUCUCCCACAGCGCUAGUUCUCGAGUACCUGCCCUUUGGACCUUUUGACGUCUAUUUAAGGGAAAACGAAGAAAGAGUUAAGCCGCUCCAUCUCAAGAAGGUAGCGGCCGGACUGGCGAGGGCUCUAUGGGAUUUAUCGGAAGCUGGAGUCGUCCAUGGUGAUAUAAGAUGCAGACGAUUGUUGCUUGCAUCUCAUCAGGCUGACAGGAUGCUUGUGAAGCUGUCUGGACCAACGCUGAGGCAGUAUACGCCACAAGAUGUACAUUGGAUUCCUGUGGACUUCUUUGUUGAUAUGGCCCUGGCAAAGAGGUCGGUUGUAGGCGAUAUUUGGGCCUUUGCGACCACUCUUUGGGAAGUGUUUUCAUAUGGACAAUCGCCAACUCACACUAACCCUGUUUUAACUUCAAGGAGUUACGAAAUGGGCGAUCGGUUACUCCGUCCGGCGAAGUGUCCCAGCGAAGUGUGGGCAUUGAUGAGGCAAUGUUGGCAAAGUGAGCCUCUGAGGCCCCAAGAGAUCAUGCGAGAUAUGAAUCAUAUGCUGCACAGAGAAUACGUACCUAUACACGAAUAUGAAGAACCAAAGAUAUCACUCGACCAUCUAGAACAUCACGAUACGGUUUCAAGUGACAGAUUUAUUCCUAGUGAGUUGAGCGAUGCGGGCAGCAAUAAGUCCUUGUUGUCUGUGGAAAGUAGUGUCAAUUCUAUUAAUGGAAUGUCCGAUCACUACGAUAAUAUGUUCGGAGACAACAAAAGCGCGAACUCAUUUGAGCAUAACUUAAACGCGAUGGCGUACGCGUUACGCAACGAGACGUUAUCGUGCGGGCGUAGUAGCCGUAGCAGUGUGCUCGGUUUGGGACUUGGGUUAGAGACCGCGGACGAGUUUGCCUGCUCGGCUCCACGGCUUAUGGAGUCCAUUGUAUCUCAGGGAAAGACCUACCUCGUGACUAUUACUAAGAAAAUCGGCAGUGGAAAUUAUGGGCACGUCUUCAAGGGGUGGAUGGAGCGCGAUAAUCAAGAAUCUCAAAGGAUGGAAGUGGCCGUUAAAAAGCUAACAAGACAAGAGUCUGAGAGAAAUGGUAGUUUGUAUGAAGAUUUCAAAAAUGAGUUGGAAAUCAUGAAGUCCCUACAACACAUAAAUAUAGUGGAAAUUCUCGGAUAUUCGUGGGACCAUGGGUCGGAUGUUCUCAUAGUGAUGGAGUAUCUUGAAGAGGGUUCACUCAACUACUACCUCAAGUUCCAAGGCGAUAAAUUGCGGCUCUCGCAUCUGCUCAAGUAUUGCAAGGAUAUUGCUACUGGAAUGGAUCACGUGUCUGCAAAAAACGUGGUACAUCGGGACCUAGCCACUCGAAACAUUCUCGUUGUAAACAAGUACCACGUCAAGAUCUCAGAUUUUGGCCUUGCGAGGAUUAUUCCCAAGGAGGAGAAUGCUUAUAGGAUAAAGACUGAGCGAUUGUUGCCCAUAAAUUGGUACGCGCCAGAGUCGGCCGUCGAGCCGUGGCACUUUUCAACGAAAAGUGACGUAUGGUCAUACGGAGUAACCGCGUGGGAGAUACUGACACGUGCACGUCUUGAGGUCCCCAAAUUUGAUGUGGAACGACCGCGGGAGAGGGCGUCUUGUUUCCAAAUACCAGAUGGGUGCCCGUCAGAAAUAUUUCGUCACUUGAUGAAGGAUUGCUGGGCGCUUGAUCCCAACAUGAGACCAAAAUUUAUUGACCUCGUACAUAUGUGCAAGCGAUUUAUGGACGAAUACAAAUGAAGGAACUGAUUAGGCUUAGUUGGCUUAAAAUCGCGGACAAAUUCGCUUCUAGCGAACGUUUAUUGUGACGUAACUCCAUACGUACAAUUAAGGUAUACGUAACUGUACGGGUCUAUUAUUAGACUAUUGACAACAUUCCUAUAAGGCAUAGCUUUGCUUUUGAGAAUAGCUUUUAAAACGUGCGCCGAGAAAUACAAUUGUCUCUUUUGCGCAUCGAUCGUUGUGUCUUGCUCGCGCAUUAGUAAAGAUUACGACUGAGGACGACUUCGAAUAGUAAUACAAUUUGUAAUUUUCACAAUUAAUUAUUAUAUAUGGAAUUAUAUUAAAUAAGUAACAGAAUGUUCUGCAAUUAUUGGCAACAAGAAAUCUAAAGUUUUCGCUAUAUCGCUAUAUAUUUCGCUAUAUAUUUGUAUUGAGGACAUUCAUUUGAUAUAAUUUUUUUAUGUUCUUGUAGCGACAACCGAAACAUAGAUUUGGAAAUUUAUGUUUUCCUACAAGAAUUUAUGAAAUAUUUUUUUAAUAUGAAACUGGAAUUUUAUGAAAUGGUUGUUUUGUUCCUCGAUGUAUUGAAGUUGUAAAUAUUUUAACUACAAAUACCUCUUUACAAUUAUUAAAGAUUAUAGUUUUUAGGGGCCCCGCACAUGAUAUUUUAAGUAAAUUUUUUUUGCAUUCGAAGAACGAAAAAUGUUGCCUGUUUCAGUAAUAACAGUUUUCUUCUGGCUAGAACUUUCAAAAACGGUUCAGUACUUCCCGAUAUAUUUACUUAACUUUCUAUUUUUUUUUACCUUUCUUAUAGUAUUUAAAAACAUUAGCUAUUGAACAUUUUGCAUAGAGUUAUACUUUUUUAACUUUAAAAUUACAAUUCUAUCCGGUCUUAAUAGUGGUUUUCUUGAUAAAAGCAACAAAUGUGUCAAAAUCUAUCAAGUUUAGUUAAAAAAAAUUGCGUAGUUAAAUGAUUAAGUGAUGUCGAUUUUUAUAUACAUGCAAAUAUGAUUUUUGUGAAUUGUGAAGAUUUAAAAAAAAUAAACAACCGAAGUGGCACAGACGGAAAUCUCUAAAAGUAAAAUGAUAAUAAUUCAAUGUUUCCACACUUAUAGGUUAAUGUAUCAUGUUUGCGGUGACCGUUGACUUUACUUGCCGAUCAAAGGAAGUUUUAAUAAAAUUUUAAGCAGUUUUUAGUAUUAAGGAAAUCGGAGGUUUAAGUGCUAGUCUAAUGUUAAGUGGUACCUAACGGAAUUACGAGAAUCAUAUAGCUUUUAUGUAAAUAGUUUCAAUGUACGAUGUAAGUUUGAAACCAAAGAUAAUUUUUAUUCUUAUUGAUAUUAUAAUUUUUUAAAUCGCAAUUAUAAAUCUAAAUGAUUUUAUUUUACACGAUUCGUACAAAUAUUUUUUUUUUAAUAUGAAAAGUUAUUAAUCGAAUGUGAUAAGGUAUAGGGAGAGACUGAUGUGGCGUGGUGCUUUGUAAUCGAAUGGCCUUAAUUUAUAUAGUUAUAAAUCAGUUUAUAUAUCGUUUCAGUUUUAAAAUGUUUAAUUGAAGAUAGCUGUGAAUGUAGCAGAAAGUAUCUCAGAAGACCCUAGAUAGUCCCAGAGUAAUGAUCGAGAACUCUCUUAUGCUAAGCAAGUUAGUUUAUUAAACUUAUGUUUAGACCGUCAACAGAAGCCUGAGUCCGCUCAACUGUAAACCUAAUUAACUGGUCCUUCCAAAAAGGAAUGCGAAUUUGGUCAAAAGUAGGAUGCAGGAAACUCCUUGCCUUUUUCUGACAACAGCAAUUGAUAUGGCAUUAUAAUAUCAGUAUAUUGUACCAUGUAAUAUGAAGAAUUAACUAAAUAAAAAAUAAUCUGUCAAAAAUGUAGGCAGUUUACUGUUUUGUCCCUAACUUGGUAAGGCUAAGAGAAAUAUUGAGCACUCCUGUAUGUCAUGUAUUUCCUAAGUAACAUGGAAAGACACAAUUCUGGAAGGGAAAAAUUCACUUUUGUAAAACGAAUCGUCUAGUACUUGAUUUUGAUUGGCCAACAGCAUCAGCCAAUCGGAGGCUAUCACCAUCCGUCGUUAUGUUCAGAUGUAAAAAGUGAGAAUAAAUGAUUCUACGCUCCGGUGGAUUCUCAUUAACAGCAUCUAGUCGUUGAUACGUGACAUCAUACGUCAUGUACGUUCUUUUGAUCAAUCACGAUAGAACGCAACGUUUUGUUACGUUGUACAUUCUCAUACACUCUUUUUAUCGUGUUCUACCUUACUUAACCGUAUUAUUUUUGUUCUUCUAUCUUCUAGGCUAUGUUGUCCAUUAUUUGUAUUAGAUAGAUACCUAUUGUAAUUCUGUUACAUUCACAAGUUUAUAUAAAACAAUAUUUCAUCUAACAAUUGUUUUUUUAAGUCGAAUUUAGGUACUCCUAAAAUCAAUAAUUACUUGGUAGAGACACGAAUUGAUAAAUAAGGAAAGUGGAAAGGCUGUGCCGCCAGUAGAUAGUUCUUCUGCCUCAUUGUUUUUGUGACAUUCAUCACGCAAUUCGGCACAAGCUCACUUCACCUUAUUUCUCUAUUCCGUGGAAUAUAACAACGUAUACUGAUGCUGUUUUUAUUUAAAAAAUUGAAGAUUUAUGAAAUAUAUGAAUAUAUUUAUUAUAUGAAUACUUAUUGUGUGAUAGAUGUAUAUGCUACAACGAAUUAGCUGGAUUUUACUACCAUAGUUACCAAGUAAUAUUAGUUAGACUCAAGGAUUGCGAUUUCUGCAUCACUUUCAUAUAAUAUAAAGAUUCGGGUCUGACGCAAUGUCUCGAUAGUCUAUAGUGCCACAUAAUUCGUUAAAGUACUGCUUUAUGCAAGUGUUACUCACACGUCAGCUUAGCGCAAAUGACAUAGUCGUGACACUGUCAAUUAUAUGUCAAUUUGUAGUUGCUAACGAAUUUUAAUCAUUGUAUAGUAUAUUAUACAAAUUAUAGGAAUACAUUUUAUUAUAGACGGCGUUUCGAGCAAUAUAAAAUAUUUAAUUGACUUUUUUAUUAUCAGAAUUUAUGUAAAUAUGUAUUUAUUUAAGGGUUUGUUUAAGUGUAUUUUGUAUUGUCCGAAAUUAUCUGACGUUUUUUGCCAUGAAUUUAUAAAUAUUAAAUAGUUGG